AUGAGACCCGCUGAUGUAAACAAGUCAAACAAAGACCAAGUAUGGAUUACACUAUACGGUUAUGGAUUAGGAGAACUUCCGUUACCUAAGUUCAGAAUUGAUGAUACUGUCAGAAUAACGAAGUACAAAAAUAUCUUUAGCAAGGGAUAUGAAGCAAACUUUACGGAAGAGAUAUUCAAAAUUGUAAAAGUAUUAAGAGGAGAUCCUAACAUGGAUGAAAUCGAAAGUCACGAUGGAAAACCAAUUAUCGGAAAGUUUUACGAAGAGGAACUAUCUGUCGUGAACAAAAAGGAUGAUGUGUACAGAGUAGAGAAAAUUUUAAAAAGAAGGAAAGGUAUGGUAUUGGUUAAAUGGUUAGGAUACGAUAAUAAACAUAAUUAUUGGAUUCCAGAAAAAAUAUUAAAACUAUAAAAUAAAUGGCUGACAUUGAACUAGACGAAACAAACCGCGUUGACGACCGCGAAGCUGAAGCCGUAGCCGAAGCAGAAGGAGAAGAAGAGACAAGUUUCAAUGACGACAAUAAAAAACAAGAUGAAAGUAUAUUAAUUAUUGAUACAUCUAAUCCAGUGCCGGAAGCUCAAGACCUGACGGUUCCAUACCAAACCCUAGACAGUAUGCUGGAGUAG